GGCAGUGUGAAAGUAUAUAUUAUAUUCUGGUUUUAAAAGUGUGGGCUGAUGCACCGUCCCUGAAGACUCUUGAACAUGCUCAUGAAACUCAUGUUCGUGGAUGUUGAAGAUGUGGGUCGAGCUCGCUUACAUACCCAAUCAUCGUGCACCACCACUUCUUGCACCGCUGCUCGAAAGCGCUGCUCUUCUCGUAAAUAUCGAUAUUAUUGUUGUGCUAGAUGCCAUUCCUGUGGCUGCGAUAGUUUGGAGUCCUGUUGGGUGUCGAGGAGCGGUGGUUCAUCGAAACCGUCAUAGCGGACGCGGAGGUCUACUGCUCUGUUGCUCAUUGAAACAUCCCGCUUGUUGUGCUU